AUGAGUUCCGGCACUCCUUUGAAAAUUAAAAAAGAUAUAAAAGAAGAUGUCAGUUCCCAGUUAAAAGGGCAAGCAGCGACAGAAAUGGCUUCUGUGGAAAUAACAAAGUGCAUCAAAUUUCAAAAGUUUCGAUAUGCUGGCGAAGAGAGACCGGGGAAGAAAUAUCAAGACAAGGAUUUCGUAAUAUUAAAGUUGACCAACUUGAAAGACCAGGUGGUUCGUGUGGUGAUCAUGUGUAUCGACGCCGACAACCCCGAGCUCAUGCACCCAAAUGGUCUUAUCGGUGCCCACUGUACAAAUGGGAUUUAUGACAAGGAGUAUGCAGUCACCAAACGUGUCUUUGAGAUAGUAAUCCCCUACAUCAGAAUUGAAAGGACAAAAACAAAGAAAACAUCCCUGGAACAGAUUAAACAGAUUAUGCGCACACGAGUCUCUAGUCUCCCGGUUCCUUAUAAAGAGCGCAGUCGUUCCCAGUAUUCAAACUGGGAGAAAUCUCCAAUGAAGUUUAAGACAGCUAAAGUUCGUCUGGCAGUCUUUGUAACCUUAGACGACGAUAGAGGAAAUCUCAAUGGUACUCUUCAUGUCGCAAGCAAUGUCAUAUCUAACUGCAGUGAAAAGACAAUGCUGAAUAUUCAUAAACUGAGCCGCUACGCUGUAUCUGCCCGGACAGGAGGCAACAUAGAUGUAUUCACAACUGAAAACGGACCGGAUAUUGAGCCAGACAACUACUUCCUACAAGUCUCUUAUGAAUCUGAUACACACCAAAUAAGCUGGAAGUCAGAAGAAUAUUGGCCAGAGGAGAUGGAUAUUCUUUACAAAAGAAUAAUAUCUUACAAAGUGCCGCCAUUUGAGCCAAAUCCCGACCUGGCGUAUCCAGUUACAGCAACUCUUCAUAUUGAGUGUCCUGCCAGCAAUUUACAUUGUACUCAGACAUUUGAGUAUGUACCUCAGGCAGACACUCAGAUAAUUUCCAAAACAUCUUACAGUCAAGAUGACACCGAGAACUGUGAGAAGAAAGAGCCAGGAAUGUUUUUCGACACCAACGGAAGCAUCAAUGAAAUAACCACAAAAGGGAAUGAUGAGACUAUGCACAUGUUUCAGUCGAUUUAUUUACAAGAAUAG